AUGGCUGACAGAUCUGUAUAUUCCUCCGAACGGACCAUUUCUAAUGCUAGUGCUGCGUCGAGUGCUUCGUCAAUUGUGUCGUUAUCCACCUCUCACCACUUCAUGAUCACCAAAUUGACCUACAAGAAUUUUCUAUUAUGUCGUACGCAAGUCAUUCCGUUUCUUCACGGGCAUGACUUAAUGGGAUUUGUUGAUGGUACGAAUCCCUCCCUGUCGGUGCUUCUCCCUGCCGGCGCCGACGCCUUGCCACGGUCGAAUCCGGCCUAUGCCGUGUGGAUGCGUCAAGAUCAAGCGUUACUGUCCAUGCUUAUCUCUUCCCCCUCCGAUGAAGUCAUGCCAUUAGCCGCCGGACGUCGCACGAGUCGUGCUCUCUGGGAGGCCAUUGUGAUCGUUGAAGAGCUCACCCUCGCUGGACGCACGGUAACCCUAGACGAUCAAAACCUCUUCAUCUUUCGCGGCUUACGACAGGAGUUCCGUACCCUCACCGCCUCCCUCGCCAUUCGUGGUCAGCCGGUGACGCUUCAGGAGUUGGCGGACUUCCUCGGCAAUCAUGAGUUUAUCUCCAGCCGUGACUACAGCAGUGCACCGACGGGGCUAGUAGUCCAGCGCGGUGGUGGCAGCAAAGGUCGUGGCGGUCAAACCUGUGGUGGUCAGCGAGGAGGAGGCGGCAACAGUGGUUUUAACCGUGGUGGUGGUGGUCGGCAGCAAGGUGGCUGUGGGCGUGGUGGCCGCGGUCGCGGGUGCAAUUGUGGUGGUAAUCAGGUUCAGUGCCAGAUAUGUAGAUGGACUGGUCACGAGGUGGUUGCAUGUUACAAUCGUUAUGACCCACCACCCCAGGCCAAUCUAACCUACCCAAACAAUUCUGAUGUUGGUGGCUUUCAGACGUGGAUCCCGGAUACAGGGGUUACCAAUCAUGUUACUCUGGACAUUGCUGCCUUGACCACCUCCUAA